AAAUAAAUAAAUAAAUAAAUAAAUAAUACCAAAAUAAAAGUGAUACUUCAUGUGCUACAAAGUAGAUUAAUAAAACACAAGCUUGAUUUCACAUUCUUUAAAAUGUAAACUGUGUUUCCAGGUGGAAUUGAACAGGAAGUGCAGAAUAAACCAACUUUGGAAUCAGAAACAAAUGGGAAGUGCAAUUUUCUCACCUGCCCGGUCAGUUUUCAAGAGUUACAACCUGCCCAAGGGCCGAUACGUCGUCAUCCCCUCCACCCUUCAAGCUGGUGUACAGGGACAGUUCAUGCUGCGAAUUUUCACUGAUGAAGACUCGAGCUGCCGUGAAAUGACUGAAGAAGAACCAAAAAAGGAAAACUGGUCUAUGUGUAUUGGAAAUGUUGGAGUUGUGAUUUAUGCCAGAGUUAAAAAUGCUAAGGGACUGGAAAACCAGGACAACACUGAAGCUGGGUCUCCCUUCAACCACCAGAGGAAGCGCUCACCUGAGUUCUGAACUCUUCACCUGCCCUCACCUGGAUUAAUCUUUAUCAGCUGUUUCCCAUCACCUCAUCAAUGCCAUAGUAUUUAGUCUGGCUUCUCACCACAGCCCUCUGCGAAAUCUUGUUUGCCCUGCAUACAGCCAGAGUGUUUUCUCCUAUGCCUGUCUCCUUUGUGUUUUGACUCCUGC